UGUAGAAUCUUUCCUCACGCCAAUUGAAACCCCGAAGAAAGAAGCUAUGAGAUACACGAGUCACCAUUCUGCCGCAGCCGCCAUGUCGCUCUCCCUGCUGCGAAGCGCCCGUGCCCCCCGCCGGCCGUUCGCUGUCGCCGCAGCUCCCGCCGUGGCAGCAGCACCACAUGCCCACGCGCAACAGCACAACUACCACAUGACGCCGCACCGGGCGCUGCCCUACAAGGACGCACAGGACCGCGAGACUCUGCGGCCGCGGACGGCGGAGCACACGUCGACGGGGCGGGACGACGACGUGGCCGGGGCGCACCCGGACGCGGCCUUUAACCCGGACAAGACGCGGCCUGAGACGGAGCGGCGCGCGGCCGCGGCGGAGCAGGAGGAGGGGGGGGAACAAGGACAAGAACAAAGGCGGGGGGGACGACGCGGCGGCGAUGGUGAGAGCAGUGCGAGCGCGGUCGAGGGCACGGGCGCGAACCAGGAGCUCAGCAAGCCGAGGGGCGACGAGCGGUCCAAGGCGGACCGCGGUGCUGGGCAGGAGGUGCGCAAGGGCGGGAGGAGCGGCGGCGGGAGCCCGCCCAAGCAUGGCGAGGUCGGAGGUGGCCGUCGUCGCUGAAGGACUGGGACAAGUCUGGAGGUAAAACCUACCUACUAAGCUGGCAGAGUACCUACUCACCAACUACUUGCUUCGCCUUUGUCGGUGUUGGUGAUGGUGACGGACAGCAGGGCGAGACUAGGGCGGCGCGGGAGCUGGUCACUAUACUACAAGGGC